UAUAUAAACCUUAUUAUUUCUGUGAUCAUAUUUACUCUGAGACCGAAAUUGAUCAAGCAUCGACCUGCAGAAGAUACUUGGCAAGCAAAACAAUUAGCAGCGACGUCUAUGGAUAUAAAGAAGUUGCUGGAUAUCUAGUAGGUGGAAAAUACAUUGUCACAUGAAGACCUAAUUUGUGAACCCCGCCAUAAAAUUAUUGACAACAAAACUAAAUUAUGCCUCUAUGAAAAUUGUUGGACAUCAGGCGUCCAUUUCAAGAAAAUGUCACUUUCUGUAAUCUAUUGUGGAUGAUUUGCGUAGAGAUUGAUAAGUAGGGGCAUGCUGUCUUGCAACAGACAGAGAAGUCAUUCUAUCACUCAUAAAUUUAUGUAGCAAUUGAAAGAGAAAAUCAUGUGCUAUUGUCUAAUGCCUCCUCACUACUUGAUGUACAAAUUGAUGAACUGUUCAACAUUUUCUAUAUUUCUAUAUAAAUACACAACGGGGCAUUAGUAAAAUUCAUCACAAACGCAAUCAUCUAAAGUCUUCAUUAUCAAGUUCUUUUCUUUCUCCAUAUUCUCUAAACAAUCUAGGAGUAUUAUGGGUAUUCGUAUGCCUCGUGUUACUAAUCUCAAGAAAAUCCUUAACCAGUCAUCAUUCUUGUUAAGUCCCGAUUAUACUUCAACAGUUCCAAAGGGAUGCUUGGCAGUAUAUAUUGGGGAGAAGCAAAGAAGAAGAUUUGUGGUUCCCAUUUCAUACCUGAAUGAUCCUGCCUUCCAAGACUUGUUAAAUCAAGCUGAGGAAGAAUUUGGGUUCAGCCAACCAGAAGGCGGCCUCACUAUUCCCUGCUCAGUGGACACAUUCAUUCACCUUACUUCACGCCUAGAUAGAUUAUAGUGAGAAAACAUUUGUGUACUGGUAGAUAGUACAGCAUUGAAAUGUACAUAGUAGAAUAGGGAUUUUUAUCAGAUUUUUGUUGGCAACGCAUAAUUUGAAACUCACCACUUUGUCCGAUCUAAAAUUACCAUAGUAGAUAGAUUAUAGCUUAUUCUUAUAAAUCUAGAUCAAUAUAUAGAACGCCUGACAGAAAAAAGAGAUCAAAAUAUAGAACGAAAAAGUUUGAUACUCAAAUCAGUAACUUUUGCAUGUGACCUAAAGCUAAUUCUCUGAAGGCAGGGACUUUUAAAUAUCUUAAACUUAUCUACCCAGAACCUAUAUAUGAUG